GACUUCAUCAGGCUGAUGCAGGUUCUGUACACCUGCACACUCUGUGUUUCCACUGAAAAAAGCCCAACAGCCGGACAGAUCCUGCCGAUCAUCCAAAAGCUGGAGAAACACUUCGCUGCUGUAAAUGGAGACACAGCAUUUGUAGCUGACUUGAAGAAAAGGGUCUGGGGAAACAUGUCUACCCGGUACAAGAAUGAGGACAUCAGGUUCUUCUUGGAAGAAGCCACUGCCUUAGAUCCCCGCUUCAAGAGUAAGAUGGACAACAACACCGCAGUCUGGGAACGGAUCAAGGGGAAGUUGCUGGCAAACUCUGAAGAGUCGGUGGCAGUCAAUCAUGACCAUUCAGAAGAGGUUGGUGUGAUGCAGGGCGAGGGAAACCAGGAAGGUGUGACGACUGAGAGCGAGGAGGAAGAGGAGAAUCAGCCUCCUCCUUCCAAACAAUCGAAAAAGUCUCCACUGGAGGAGCUUUUUGCUGAGGAGGAUGCCAUGAAGAGGACCUCACAAGAGGGGUUGAUGUCCAUGGAAAGUCGUGCUGAAAGGGAGAUCCAGACGUACCUGGAAACGCCACCAAUCAUCACAUCGUCUGACCCUGCAGCCUGGUUCUGGACCCAGACACAAACUUAUCCUUUACUGUCAUGUCUGGCCUUCUCAUAUUUAUGUGUCCAGGCCUCCUCAACACCUAGUGAACGGGUGUUUUCUACUGCAGGAAACACAAUCUGUGCGGAACGGUCGCGCUUACUGCCUGAGAAGGCAGACAUGAUAAUCUUCCUAAACAAGAACUGUUGUUAAUGAUUUGUCACAACUGCGCCAGGGUUUGAGUUUGUUUUAUUUUGUUACAUAUACAUCCACCUGGGCUGCAGCUCUUUGCUUUUUAGACUGCUGCCAACUUGUGUCACUUCAGCAGAAUUCAGUUAUAGUUACAGUUAGGGACCCUCGGCAAUGUGAAUAAAUAUAAUGGCCUGUGUAAAGGCUUUU